AUGCUCAGUUCUUAUCCCCCCCGUUCCGUCCUUCCUACGCAUCGAACAACAUAUUCGGGAAGGUCACGUCUGAGGCUAAGAUUCCUUCUCCUCAUCGGCAUUUCCAGUUUCUUUUUCUUCAUUUGGCUCAUCCACGCCGCAGCAAAGGAUAAAUGGUUCCGUGACUUAGGCUACAUUACACGUCCCAUAUGGGACACAUCGAACAAAAAGUCGACACCUCAAAGAAUCGUCCCUCAUUACGACGUGUCAGACUAUAAUGCAACCGCACCAACAGAACUGUGCUCCAUCCACGGUUGGGAAUAUUCUUCCGGCCCAUCGACUGCAAAAGUCUAUGACGCUGUCCUCUACAGCAUCGAAAUUGACCUGCUUGAGAUCCGUCUGCACGAACUUUGGGAUGUCGUAGAUACCUUCGUCAUCGCCGAAGCGUCCCGUGCGUUCUCAGGCGAACUUCGAGAAAACUUGAUACCUCUGUCGUCCAUCCUAUCCCCUUCUUCCCGCUUACAUUGGGCCUCUUCAAAAAUAAAAUACGAACUAGUCCAAGACCUCGAUCCAUCACCCAAAGACCCUUUCGACAAUGAAAGACAACUCCGUCACCGAAUGGAUUCAUUGCUAUACUCGGCGGGCGUCAAGGCGAAUGAUAUUGUCAUCAUGUCAGAUGUAGACGAGAUACCCACUCCACAUACAAUAUCCCUCCUGAAGCAGUGUUCCACCUGGCCAUCGCCCAUUCACCUUCAAAUGAAGAAUUACCGGUAUAGCUUUGAAUAUCCCAUUCCGGAUGAUGGGUAUUGGCGUCCGAAGGCUGUUCGGUGGGGCGGACCCGGUUCGAAUUAUAAUCAUGCGAAAGGGGGAGAUGUCAUGCUUGCUAAUGCGGGAUGGCACUGUAGUUGGUGCUUCAGGUAUAUCGAGGAUAUUCAAUUCAAAAUGACGGGAUACAGUCAUAAUGAUCGUUUAAAAGGGAAACACCAGAUUGAUCCAAAACGAAUCAAUAAACACACGUGUGAAGGAAGUGAUAUUUUUGACAUGUAUCCUGAGGCUUUCUCGUUCUACGACCUGAUCGCCCAAUCUGGUCCACUGAAGAAGACAAGCUCAUUUACAGAUAUACCCAAUUGGCUCGUUCGCCAUCCCAAGGACUACGAGUUUCUCCUGCCAGGAGGGUGUGAACGAGAACAUCGUCCCACUGCCGAAUAG